CAUUUCAGUGGAUUACUGAUCAUCUGCAAACCCACAGCUAUGUAAACAAAGUGUUUUAAUAUUACACUCUUGCUGCUGUUCAACUUAUCCAAGGCUAAUGUUUUAUGCAUACCCUCCUUUAGGCUGAUGCCAUGGGCCAACUCCCCCAGUAACACACAUUUUAAUCACAUUUAUACACUUCACACAACAACCUACAUGUUAGUUUGUGGGAAUAAUCAUUUUACGGGUAUUUUUCAGUCGUGCAUGCGUGGGUGUAUUCAAGUGUGUCUGCAUGCCUUCCUGUCUAAUAGAGAACUACUAUACGUGUGUGUGUUAUGCGGCUGUGCGUGUGUGUGGGGCAGGUAUUUAACUUACAUACUAAAGAGUGUGCACCUGUCUGCAUUAUGAGAGUUGUACUCUGUACUUGACCAGGUUGUGGGUGGUUUAGUUGGAGUAAAACAGGAGAAACUCCACAUCCCGUUCUGUGCCUAUCCCUGCUAUGUCUGUGUGAGUCUGAGUCUGAGUGUGUGUGUCUGUGUUUGCGCUCACCAGGUUGAGUGCGUUAUACCGAGGGCUUCCUGCUGCAUCCAUCUGCCUGAAACUAACAAGCGCCCGAACUGUCACUGCCCGUUGCAGCAGGUUUUUAGCAGAAACGCUGAAGCUGGUGGAAACCACCUCCCACGGUCUCCCUCUCAGGACAACACAGGCAGCUCCUCACACACUGAAACCACAGCAGAGCCGCAGUUUGAACGCUUCCAUCAGACUCAUGACUGUUUGAAGGGACGUGGCCCCACCGUGGCCCAUGCACUGGACCCUUUCCCUCCCUGUCCUCCUUAUCCCUCAAGCUGACGCAAAACCCGAGACACUUACCCCCCCUCCCCCAUCCUCACUCCCAUCCUGUCCCCAGCGACUCACCCCCUCCCGCAAUGAUGUCCGGCACAGAGACCGUGCACUACAUCCACCUUCACAACUCCAGCCAGUCGGUGCUGGAAGCUCUGCGCACUCAGCGGCGCGAGGGCCUCUUCUGCGACGUGACCGUGAGGAUACAUGAUGCCUCACUACGCGCCCAUGCCUGCGUCCUGGCAGCUGGCAGCCCCUUCUUUCAGGACAAGCUGCUACUGGGCCACUCUGAAAUCUCUGUGCCGCCGCUGGUGCCCGCUGAAACAGUGAAGCAGCUUGUGGAUUUCAUGUACAGCGGCUCAUUGGUGGUGCUGCAGUCGCAGGCCCUCUGCAUCCUCACUGCUGCCAGCAUUCUGCAGAUCAAGACCGUCAUUGAUGAGUGCACCCAGAUAAUCUCUCAAAGGAAGGCACAAGAAGAGCAUGGUGGUGGAAAAGGGAGAGAGAGUGGCGCUAGUGGAAGUUGUUCUGUUAGUGGCACAAGUGGGGGUGGGAGUUAUGGAAACUUCUCUAACUUCAUGGCUGAAUGCGGAGCUAGUAACAUGGGCGGGGGCUUGGGGGGUUCUAGCGUUAGUGUCAGUGAGAGCGGCCCAGGCCCAAUGGAGCAAGCUAACACAGUAAGUCUGAUGGCACUGGGCGACAUGGGCCCCGGCUCUAUGUGCGGCAGUGACGGGUUGGGGUCUGGGGCCGGCACAAUCCUCAUGAAGCAGAGCUCCAGCUGUACUCAGGAUGUCAGGUACAAGCUCCGAGACCUGUUGGCACAGUCGGCCGGCGGAGCCAGCACUAGUAGCACAGGGAACCUCUCAGCAGGCUGCAACUCCAGCGUGGGCAGUGUGGACAGCAUUGGCAGGGACAGUCUCCGCGGCAACGCAGCUGACCUCUCUGAUGACCUGGUGGGGAUGGACAGAUACAGCGAGGAGGAAGACUUGGACGGGAGAGAGCGGGGAAGAGACGGAGACAGAGACAGGGUGGCGAGUCACAGCCGCAAGCAGAGGCAGCCGCUAAGACUCCAGGUGCUGGGAGGAGAGGGCGCAGUGGUGAAAGAUGAAGGCGUUCAGGACACAGAUGGGACUGUCUAUGCCUUGGAGGAUGGAAGACGAGACGGAGAGCAGGGGGGCGCCCAGGAAUCUAUGGCAGGCUUUGGACAGGAUUUCUAUGAUGAGCAGGGGGUGUUUUCAGAGAGCUUCUGGCCCCAGAGCGAGCCUCCUCAGGCCAUGGCCUUCAACCCCAGAGGAAGGGUCAACAAGCCUCUGACUCCGCCACCAACCACACAGUCCAUCAACAACCAGCUUCUGUUCCAGUACCCAGUGAGCCAGUCGCAGCCAGCUCCCUUUUAUGUUGGCGGGCACAUGGGGGGGAUUGACAGCAUGGCGGGGACGGAGCCCAGUCAGCAGCCACCCCCGGCGCCGAUGACCCCAGCCCCACCUCACUCCGCCUCUUCCUGUUCCGCAGGCCCCUCCCCUUCCUCCCAGGGAUCCGAGACCUCGUUCGACUGCACGCACUGUGGCAAAUCUUUACGUUCCAGGAAGAACUACAGCAAGCACAUGUUCAUCCACUCCGGUCAGAAACCUCAUCAGUGCUCCAUCUGCUGGCGCUCCUUCUCCCUGCGCGACUACCUCCUCAAACACAUGGUGGUGCACACCGGCGUCAGGGCCUUCCAGUGCUCCAUGUGCGGCAAGCGCUUCACCCAGAAAAGCUCACUCAAUGUCCACAUGCGCACCCACCGUGCCGAGCGCACCUUCCAGUGCAACGUGUGCCACCGGGCCUUCACCCACCGCACCUUGCUGGAGCGCCAUGCCCUGCAGCACGCCCACCACGCCCCCCAAGGCCAGGGCCAAGGCCAGGGGCGUGGAGCCGACAUGACCUCACCUACCAAGCACAGCCCCCCGGCUCUGGGAGGGCCCUCAGGUAUGGCUGGCACGGCGAGCAUGGUUGGCAGCAUGGCCAACAUGCCCAACCACGGAGCAUCCUCCACCUAGAGAGAGAGUAAGGGAGGGGGAGGUUAGCGGGCCCAUUCCUUGAACCAACACUUAAUUGUUCCUAACAGCCUUGUUGAUCAUUUGUUCUGGUGGGAACAGCGCUUACAGGUGCCCGUAGUUAAACACCACCAUCAGUCAGGGUUCCUACACAGGACGGGGAGACCUGAAGUCUGGAAAUGAUGUGCAUUUUGGAAUAGCACAAAAAUUGUGGAAAGGUUUGGAAAAAGAUGUAGUUCCCUUUCCAGAACCCCAUCUUGAAUAGAUGUAGUCCUACUGUCAUCUCCUAGCUAUGGAGCAACGUCUCUAGCAAUAGCUGCGUUUACAUGGGCCCUAACAGUCCACUAAUACUUGGAAUACUAGCACAAUCAGCUUAAAAAUACUUCAUGUAACGUCAAUCGGAACAGACUGCCCUGAUCGGAAUGAGGGGGAUAAACCUUUGAUAAUUCAUUCAUUCAAUUCAUUCAUUGAUCCGCUUGAUCUUGGAAUAAAUAUAUUCUUUCUGCCUAUGUUUGCCCCACAUGGGGGUAACAUUACAUGGUGUCCAGGGACGGACAGAAACAUUGCAGCAGUAAAAUAAACCGGUCUAUGGUUGUAGUGCUGCCUGAGCACACCAGAGAGAUGCCUUUUUUGGCAUGAAGAGAAAGAAUACUCACUGAUAUUAGCCAAUAUUUUUAUAAGGCUGUGAAGAGCCAGUCAUCAGCCAAGCUACAUCUUGCAAGAGAAUGAGCAAAAGCUGUUGGAGUGGUCUCAGUUGUUGCAUUAACAUUUAAGGUGUGUUGAGUGAUUCACAGUGUCAACUGGGAUGUAAAAAAAAAAACAUCCCACCUUAAAAGUCACUGGUGGCUAGGGUUGCCAACUUCUAGAAACAGAAAUAAGGGUCACCCAGGUCAUGAAAGAACUUCAGUCAUUAGUGCAAACACACUUUAGAUUACAGAUGGAAUCACCUAAAUGAAACAUCAAUUAAUUAUUGAAAUGUACGUAUUUAGGGCAACUGAACUGUGGAAUACAGCCUCUGGAGAUGCCUUUAACAGUUCUUCCUCUCCCUGUGUCCUCCAUCCACUCAUUUUGUGUGUGGGGUCCCAGAUACAUGCUGUGUAAUGCCACAGAUUCCUCUGUGGCUUAUUGAGAAAGCCUGGUGGCAAACGGUGCAGUACUCCUUGUACACACUGUCAUUUACACAUUCCAGCCAUUUAUAUUCAUUUUCCCAUUCUCUUCGUUAAUUUUGCAACCUUGUCCUUGUUUUUUGCUGGCAGACUAGGUUGGCAGGUUACCAUUUUUAUAAUCCUGCGCCGCCUGUCAGGUGUAUCGUAACUGUACUGACAGCGCUUCUCAUCCGUCCUGAGUCUUUGGUAGUGGAAGCUCCACUGUGGACCGUGACAGUGGGGACAGGAGGGUUUCCUUCUGUCAGUAGGACUGAAUGAUUCUCAUAAAUAUGAAACGCAGCUCGACCUGUAUUGGUUCAAUACAGAACAGUUCUUUUAGUUUCCAGUUACAGAAUGAUUCCAUAUUUUAUGGGAUGGUUGGCAACCCUACAUCAGGCUGGCUAACGGCUUGGCUUCUACAGUACCAGUGAUGCUACCUAGCUGGUGACGACAUAACGUGAGUGGAACCACUUUGCGCAUUUCAUAAACAUUAUAUUCUGAUUAAAUACUUUGAGCAUGUAAACACCCAUCUUGUCGGAUCAGCGUCCAUGUAAAGAUUCAGUUGGAAUCUGUGGAAUAUUGCCCAUGUAACCGCAGCUAAUCACAGCCAUCCAAAAUAUCGGCAGAAAGUUUUUGAUGGAAAGAAGUCUUGAUUUUCAAAUGGCGAAUGUGUAGGAACCCUAUUUCAAACACAACAGAGAGUCACCAAAGAGGUUAGGAAAACAGGGUGGGCUUAGCAGUGGGUGAGGGGGGCUGUAGCGUCUCUGUGUGGAAGGGAAGGUGGGGUGGGGAUGUGGGAUAUAUAGAAAUGUAAGUAAGUGGAAGGACAGGCUGUGGCACAGUUUGAUUCACCUCCAAUUCAUUUAAUUCAAGUUGAAAAUCUGACUUUAGUCAGUUUUGUUCAGCGUCGUAUCUUUUUAAGAGCAUAAAAUCAAAUAUGUGAAGAUUCCUGCGCUUGGUUACAACCCAUGACCAUUUGUGUUAGUGGUGUAACGGAGUUUGAUCCCCGAUCAGUACGGAUUCCUGCCAGAGGUUUGGCACUCACGUGAACUACGUUUAACUGUUUCAGUGUGAAAUACAGUUUAGCUGCCGCUGUUUGUUUUUUUUUUUUUUGUUUUUUUUUUUAGAGUAAUAAUUCCCUAAAUCUCGAUGCAGAAUUGCAGUGAAAAGAUACAGAUAAAGGAGUUGUGUGUUCUCACCAACACUGAUGACAGCAUAUCUCGCACCAGCAAGGUUUACGGACUAUUGUCGUCAUGGAAACGGUCACAAACAUACCAUUACAAUUAUGAAACAGUCACAGCUUGGUUACAUUUACAACCUACUUGGUUAGGUUAAUUUAACAAAGACAUUGAUUAUUUUACUUUAAGAUCUUAUUGUAACUUUGGACAUUUUGGUUUUCUGAUUCCAAAAACGAUUCGCUCCAUGACUCCAAAUCCAUGAUACGAACUGAAAUGCGAGUUUUCUGACCCCUAAUAUGUUGUUGUCCUGUUAUUGCAGUUUGUUUAUCCAGAAAUUAAGAUCAUGUCCUAACUGAUGAAUAUUUAAAACUGUGCAAAGAGAGGAUUUCAUAUUUAAGGCUAUAUGUUAGAUUUCCCUGCCGUGCUGUCGAAUUAGCUCGUUGUCGUUAACAUGUUUGGAUGGAAAUAACAGCUGUCAGUAAAAAAGAGCUUCUGUAACCUAGUUGCAUUUAUCAUCUUUUUAUUAGCAGGUACCUUUUAAUUUUUAUAACGUAUCGGAUCAGUCUGUCCAUUCAAAUCCACGAUAUAAAAAUGAUGACACCUACGGUAGUUAGCUAGCGAGUGGCUAGUGACCGGAAGUGACUACAAACUGCUGACAAUUAAACAAGAAAGCACAUUAUGACUUCAUUAUGUAACAAGUGAGGCCUUAAAAUAUUUUAAACAUUCCAAACACCUCUGUAGAUAAUAAAUUUAGUAAACCUGUGGUCAGACAAGUUCAUUAAAUAGAUUAAGCUGCACUAUGUAGCAUUUAUGUUUCGUUUGGUUUUAUCUCCAUUGUUUUUAGUGAAUUAAACUCAAAGCAAAUCCAUAUAUAGUUAAUAUAAUGUUCAGGGUUUGCUUUAGGUGGUGGAAAUGUAGAAUAAGUCACAUUUGUUAGAGUUGAAAGAGAUAAACUGGAGGGAAAUUACACAGACAACUGGAACUUGGUCCUGUAAAUACUUGAGUUUUGAGUAUGAAUUUGCCUUUUCUCUCAGUCACACACUCACCUAGACUAAAGUGUGUUGUCCCAUUCGCUGUCUCUUUGUGGAUAAAAACACUGCAACAACACACCAGUGGUCAAACUCUCAAAUGGAACAAAGAGGAAAUUUAGCUUCUCAUUUAUUGUGAAAGUACAUUUAAAACCUCUUUUGUUGUAAAAGUUUUUUUUUUUUUGUAAUCAAGCUAGAAAAAAUGAUCUCCCUGAAUUAAGUGAAUUGAAUGUGAAUGGAGCCCGGCACUAUUCAGGAGCAAAGCGGGGUGACAAAGAAGGUUGUUGAUGAAUGAUUCAGUGAAGCAGGAGAGUGGUCCGGGCAGAGUGAGACUAUAGAGGGGAGGGGGAAGGAGGAGGCGUGAUGUGCAGCGGCGUGAAUGAAAAUCACCGUCAUCCAUCAGACAAGCUUUGUAACAUUUACCACAGGCGCUACCGGUCAGCCCCAGGAUCAUAUACCUCGAACCAGGACGAGCCCCUGACGGCUCGGAGGGACACUAUUUUGUCAUUGGAAAUGUUUGGGAAACAUUUCAGCAUGUUUUACACACACACCUACAAUUACCUCGGCAGUCCAAAGACAGGCAUUGUGCUUCAUCUUUUAAGCUACAUCAGACGAAGAAACAAUGAAAACUACAUCUAAGAUAGAUGCAUUUAUGUUUUUGAAAGCUUACUAAAGUACUUCUAUGUAAAGUUCCUGUACAUCGCUAUAAUGCUCAGUUUGUUAUUUGUUGUUCAUGUGAUUCUUUGAUGCAGAAAUAAGGCAGAACAUUAAAAAGAAACUUUUAAAGUGAAAGAGCCAUUCAGAGGAAGUUAAACUUGGUUGAAUAACUCUGACAAAUCAAUGACUUUUAUCAGGAUUUUUACUGAGUGUUUGGUUGUGUUUGUCUUUCAGGGCUCUGGAUAAUAAUAAAUGGGAAGUGUUUGUUGCUUAAAAAAACAGUAGCUUUUCUCAGCACUAUAUAAAAAACUUUUUAACAUUUUAUUAAAACUGAAUUAGUCAUGAAAAUGUACAAUCACCCCUGCAAGUUCUGACAAAGUCAAACUGGUGAUAAUUUUAAUUAUCACAUUAAUAUUUAUUACAAUUUGAGCUCUAUGCACAAUUACGUUUGCACAUCUUAUUACUUAGACCUAGAUUGUGGCCCCUAAAGUAUUUGGCCUGAGAUUUAUUUUGUUUUCCUUUUCUUUACACCUAAAAGGUGAUCUUAAAAUACCUUACGUGUCCUUGGUUCUUGCUCGUUACCUUUACUGUUCAUCGGUCAAAGCAUUAUAUGAUAUUCGCUACUUUACUUAAGCUUUGUAAGAGCCUGAACCUCCCUAACAAGAGACAAGACAAGUCUGAGAACUUUGCAAGUGGUGAGAUAAUUUGAUGAAAUAAGUAUUUUAAUGAAAUUUCAUUUAAUAGAGUGAGUCCAGCAAAGACGUACAUUUAAAUCCUCUCGGUCUGGACUUCACUAUAAAUAUCGAUUCAUUUAAAAAGUGGAAAAACUGCUUAUUUACACGAGCAGUCCUGGCAGUGUGUGUUCUCUGGCCUCCGAUCAUCACAGAUGAAUUCGCAGUCGUUUGUUUCUCCAGUGUUGUGGAUGAAAACACUGCUGGUUAUAAGCUAUAUAGAAAUUUUAACGCCAAACCUUUGGUGCUUUUUUGGAAAUAUUUACCUCAUUUUCCAGUUGCCAACACCGUGCUGUGGUCUGGGUUUUGUAAAUAAGCAGGCUGAGCUGUUUCAGAGGUCUGGUUGAUCCUCAGCAGUGGAAGUGGUUCUGGUGCAUCUUGUCUGAGGCGGACCCUUGUACAGUACUGUAAUAUGUGUGCUUUGAAGCCAUGUCAGCGCAUUGUAACGUACUGUGUUUGCCUUUUUGUUUCCUGUUUUACUGGGAGGGAAGUUAAUUGUUUUUCUACAUUAAUAUUUCUUUAAUAGAGGUUAAAUAUGUCAGAAGAAGAACAGCCAUUUUCUAAAAAAACAAACAAACUUGGCAUCGUAAAACCACAUCUUUUAUGUAUAAAAAGACAAAAGGCAUGAUUUUAACUUUUUCUGAUAACUUAGAUGUUGUAUUCAAUGAGUUAAUUGAAUUUUAAAAAUUUGUGAUUUCAGACAU